AUGGUCGUUUGCGACGCCCCGGUCGCUGGCAUCGUCGGAGCAUACACGGGCAACAGCUUCGCUGUGCAAGCAUCCAUCGCAAGCGUGCUAGGUUGCGCUAUUUAUAGCGCCUUGGAACUGGUUGUGCUCGUGUUCUCCAUAUUCAACAAAUACAAUGGCCUAUACUUCUGGAGUUUGCUUAUCACGGCGUCACUGGGUGUUAUCCCCGACGCGAUCGGUCUGCUCCUGAAGUAUUUCGAGCUCGCGCCAAUUUGGAUCCCAGUCACGCUGUCGACGGCAGGAUGGAGCAUCAUGGUAACGGGACAGUCACUGGUGCUAUACUCCCGGCUUCAUUUUGUCGUGUUCAACCGAAAAAUACUCCACUUCGUGCUGGGCAUGAUCAUCUUCGACGCGAUUGUCCUACAGAUCCCUCAGAUCGUUGCCUCGUACGGCGCUGUCUACGUCUGCCACCUGCACUUCCAGGGCUUCUUUAGUAAGUGGGAGAAAAUACAGCUUACGGUGUUCUUCGUACAAGAGAUCAUCAUAUCAACAUUUUUUAUUAUCCAAACGCUCCGCUUAAUGCGUAUGUAUCCCAAACGGAGUGCCCGGAAGACGAAUAUCAUGUACCAGCUGUUGGCGAUCAACUCGUCUAUUAUAUUAAUGGACAUCUCACUUCUGGUACUGGAAUACUUGGACUUAUUCAUCACACAGACCGUUUGCAAAUGCUUUUUCUAUACAGUCAAACUCAAACUGGAGAUUGCGGUGUUGUCGCGGUUGACAAGCUUUGUGCAGUCGCACCAUCAGCUGGAAUGUUCGGGAUUGAGCUAA